GGGGUGUGUGCGCGCUCGGAGCUUUCGGGCCAGCCACCGCCGCGCGAGCUAGAAGCGCCCCAGCCCGGCAAGCUGGCUCACCCGCUGGCCACCCAGCACAGCCCGCUGGCCCCUCUCCUGCAGCCCAUCUGGCGGAGCGGCGGCGGCGGCGGCGGCGGCGGCAGGAGAAUGGCAUCAGAACUGGCAAUGAGCAACUCCGACCUGCCCACCAGUCCCCUGGCCAUGGAAUAUGUUAAUGACUUCGAUCUGAUGAAGUUUGAAGUGAAAAAGGAACCGGUGGAGACCGACCGCAUCAUCAGCCAGUGCGGCCGUCUCAUCGCCGGGGGCUCGCUGUCCUCCACCCCCAUGAGCACGCCGUGCAGCUCGGUGCCCCCUUCCCCCAGCUUCUCGGCGCCCAGCCCGGGCUCGGGCAGCGAGCAGAAGGCGCACCUAGAAGACUACUACUGGAUGACCGGCUACCCGCAGCAGCUGAACCCCGAGGCGCUGGGCUUCAGCCCCGAGGACGCGGUCGAGGCGCUCAUCAGCAACAGCCACCAGCUCCAGGGCGGCUUCGAUGGCUACGCGCGCGGGGCGCAGCAGCUGGCCUCGGCGGCCGGGGCCGGCGCCGGCGCCUCCCUGGGCGGCAGCGGCGAGGAGAUGGGCCCCGCCGCCGCCGUGGUGUCCGCCGUGAUCGCCGCGGCCGCCGCGCAGAGCGGCGCGGGCCCGCAUUACCACCACCACCACCACCACCACGCCGCCGGCCACGGCCACCACCACCACCCGACGGCCGGCGCGCCCGGCGCCGCGGGCAGCGCGUCCGCCUCGGCCGGUGGCGCGGGCGGCGCGGGCGGCGGUGGCCCGGCCAGCGCCGGGGGCGGCGGCGGAGGCGGCGGCGGCGGCGGCGGCGGCGGCGGGGGCGCGGCGGGGGCGGGGGGCGCCCUGCACCCGCACCACGCCGCGGGCGGCCUGCACUUCGACGACCGCUUCUCCGACGAGCAGCUGGUGACCAUGUCGGUGCGCGAGCUGAACCGGCAGCUGCGCGGGGUCAGCAAGGAGGAGGUGAUCCGGCUGAAGCAGAAGAGGCGGACCCUGAAAAACCGCGGCUAUGCCCAGUCCUGCCGCUUCAAGAGGGUGCAGCAGAGACACGUCCUGGAGUCCGAGAAGAAUCAGCUGCUGCAGCAGGUCGACCACCUCAAGCAGGAGAUCUCCAGGCUGGUGCGCGAGAGGGACGCGUACAAGGAGAAAUACGAGAAGUUGGUGAGCAGCGGCUUCCGAGAAAACGGCUCGAGCAGCGACAACCCGUCCUCUCCCGAGUUUUUCAUAACUGAGCCCACUCGUGAGUUGGAGCCAUCAGUGGGAUACCCCACGUUUUGGAAGGCCCAGCAAUGCGUACCUGCCAGUGUAUUCACAAAAUGAAAUUUACGCGCGAACCGUACAUUAAAAAUGUAUUAUUAUUAUUAUUUGCGGCCUUGGACAACACCCUGCCCCUGACUUCUGUUUAGUUUCCUUUUUAAAGAAAAAUGAUUGUGUUAGAGAAGAAAGCUAGCAAAUGUCUAACCUCUGUGCUGGUAACUAUCCCCCUUGCCUGAAGGUCUUCUCUGCCAACCUAGAGGAAAAAGCACAUGCAUGCUUCUGGCUCCACGACGCGAGAAACUAAAUUAGGUGCCAUUGUUUUCAGCCUGCAAGAUCAGCUUUUAAAAAUCCCCUGAAAUUUAGAGGAGAUCUCCAUGUCCAUUUGUAGGAAGAGAAGGUUCCCAAAAGGUAACAGCUAGCGUUAUUGGAAGCCUACGUAGACACGCACACUCUAAAUAGUACUUUUCCACACUUCAUUGUUUCUCUGGCAGAUAAUGUUACUGAGAAGAAAAAACAAAAAUUGCUCGCCUCCCCCUCCCCAGGCGGAUGCCAUGGGUAGGAGUUUUAGCCCAGCCGAAGCGGCCUGGCUGUCUGGUAGGCCCUGGAUAGUAUCGUAUUUAUCAGUGAUGUCGAACGCGUUCGUUUAUCAGCCAUCGCUGUAAGUGAAAACACCGCCCGGCAAAACACAAAGUUAGUUAAACCACACCCUCCAGGUGCCUUUGUUUCCUCCACUUUGCCGCUCCCAGGCCAUUCAUAAAAUCGCCUCCCUUGUAUUUCCCUCCUUUAUAUUUUUUUUACAAAAAAAAAAUAAAAAAAUAAAUAA